GGAUAUCACUCUUCUGUUCUCCUACAUUCUCUUCACAGCAUUUUCUCAUGACAUUUCAAGCCCCACUAUGGAAGAUUCUGAAGCCAAGUUAGUUGCAUGCGAAAAUGUGCUGAAGCGCACGGAGUCCCUACAAUCGGAAGUUCAGCGCUUCGCGGCGCAUCUCGAAGAUGUGUACAGCGAUUACUUUCAACAUAUGCCAACAUACGUCCAUACCUCUUUUUCCAGCGAGGUCCGCACUGAGGUAGAGAGCCUAGAAAGAACUUUCCGAGAGCUCCAGAUGGGAGACCCGCAGACGUUGAAUCGCGCGCAGUCUAGUAACCUCGCCUUUCUAGAACCUGUGUGGGAAACAGCCAAGAGAUCUCGGGACAUCGUGAGGGUGCGAUGCGCCGUCCCCACUGGUCCGUUUAAGAAGCAAGUUUUGGCACCGGGAACACGUAUCGUUCGGACACAAGGCCAAUCGCAGACAUCCCGGACAGGAAGCUUCAUCGUUGAUGUGAUAGCAGACAGCGGCCACUCAUGGUACAAGGUUUCAUCCAUGACUAACAAGAGAGUGUUAUUUGACUUGGCAAAAGAAGCAGUAUACUGUGGGGAUAGUGACGACGAUGAAGACACCGAGACAGUUACUCAAGACUAUGCGGAUAUCCCUCUCGUAAAACUAGCUAGGAACCUGGCUGACACUGCCAAAGGACACCGCAUUCAGACUAAAAGCCCGAGCACUUUUCUUAUCCUUCCACGCAUCGAAGAAGGUGUAUUAGCUCAAGUCGAUAAAAUCCUUGACAUUUGUCGUCGGCUAGGUGUCAAUGUACUCUGUGGAGAGGCGUUGCCGCCGGCGCCCCCUCUGACGGAUGAUCUACUUCACGCAAUGGCACCAAGCCCGAAAGCGAACUUCACAGAAGUUCUCAACAUUGACACCUCCCUCUUAGUUGCUCUCGCCUCUGACUUUUCUCAUACCAACGUUACUAAGCAACCCUGGUUUAGCCAUUCUCACAACGAUCAUACUAACUUAGAAAGUGAGCAGUCGAUGCUAUCCUUGGUAUAUCCUAUGAUAGGUAAUCACAAGCUUGUCUGUACUAAGGAAGCAGCUGAUACAUUCUUCCAUAUCGUCGACACAUUAGCGACCGAGUCAGAAAAAGCUCGUGCUUAUUUGAUACUGAGUUCUGACUCUGGAAAAUCGCAGGAGCAGCGAGUUCAAGAAUUACAGACAUUGUCAAUCCACAAAGUCCCCUCCUGCUUACAAUUACCAAUCAGUAUCAUCGAUGUGAACGAGGAUAAUUGCCGGCACCGUUUGACAGGUCCAAUCAAGAAGACACUGGAAACUGUACUAAAUCCUGGAAGAUCAGUGUUUUCUUAUGGCUGGGCAAGCGGACUUACUACGCUGACAUGUAACUCUGUCAUUGUCAAGCAGCUUGAGAAAGACCUCGAGAAACUUCCAACUCUAGAAGAUUUACCUUGGCCAUCGAUAUGGGCGUUUCCUACAUCAAGACCCUUCGUUGGCAAGCCCAGGAAUUCUCGAACACAAGUGCGGAAACAUAUCGGCGACUGCAGCGUGACUUGUACCUGCGGUGUGGAUGAAUUCUACGGCAACCGAAGUAACGUUAAGAUCAUAUGAUACUUGAGAACGGCACCAGAGACGUUGGUAUAGACGUCGUCUGUUGUCUUGGAAUACGGAUCUUGACGUACGAAGGGACACGAGAAGGCUCGGUAGCUACUCUUCAUAGUAGUGUUGAGGUAUUUCGGUCAGGCUUUGUCUCGGUUACUCGGGAUUUACUAUUCGGCAGCUACUUAACGUGACAUGAGCUACGACCUCGAGGACCUCUUAACUGCAAGGUCGAUCUGAAGCUGGUGUUCGUAUGUAAGAAGUUGGCUUAUCAUCGCCCCUCUUCUAUAGCGCUUUACUUAACUCAAUUGAACAAGAAUUUGACCGAAAUAAUAUUCUUAGUAAUGAUAAAUGGUGCUAUGA